AGAGGGGGUGGCGGGGGAGAGAGAGAGACAGAGAGGAGACAAGAACGGGAACCAAGGAGGCGUUGGAGCCACGGAAUUGGACGACGGAGGAGGAGAAGAAUGGGAGGAGGGGAACGGGACGGAAUCUGUCUCCUCCUUCUAUCCUCGCUCACGAUUCCAAUAAAUUAUCUUCGGACUAGAUCUUUCCCCCAAUCCUGAUCCCUUCUCUCUCCCCCCCCACCCCCGCCGCCACCACCACCACCACCACCUCCUCCUCAUCUUCCCUCUCCUUUCGAGAAAGUCGUUUUUUUCUUGCAAGAACACAUUUCGCACACUGCUGCAAAAAAAAUUCCAUCUUUUUGUUAUGAUCCAUCGUUCAAGAUUCGGAUUCUUCCCUUAAUGUAAACAUACAUACAUAUGCAUACGCGGUUUUCUUUGUUUGUUGUUGUUUCCAUAUGCAGUUUGUCAAUCCCGAUUUCUGCAAGUGGUCAAUCGAGAAAAUAGUAUAAAGAGGGAAGACGAAGUUGUAGUGGUUGGAUUGAAGAGCGGGGGCGGGGCGUGUAUUUCGUGGGGGUUUCGACGGAUCCGCCAAACUGGAACGUUUGGUUCCGCUGCCUGGCUGCACUGGAGUGCAUAUUGGAUGUGGUCAGGGCCCUUCCGCUGGGUUCCUGCCUGCCGUCUGACGGACAGAGCGGCGGCUCCAGCCCGUCGUCCCCGGCGUCCCCGGCGUCGGGGACCAGGCGGCCGCCGAACUUGUCGGAGGAGGAGCAGAUCCAGGGGAUGCCUGGGAAGAUGUUCCUCAACGGCGCCACCAGCGCCGCGUCGCUCUUCACCCAGCGGGGCAGGAAGGGGAUCAACCAGGACGCCAUGCUCGUGUGGGAGAAUUUUGGAGAUAGAAGUGAUACUGUUUUUUGUGGAGUUUUUGAUGGUCAUGGUCCAAAUGGCCACAAGGUGGCGAGGAAAGUGAGAGAUAUUCUCCCUCUAAAGCUGCGUGCCAGUUGGGAAGUAUAUAUAGGUAAUGAUGAAUGCAGAGAGAACAAUAUCAGCAGUACCAGAAGCAUGAAUUCAGAGGAAACUUCAUCUAUGAACCUCAAUGAAGAAUCCAAAGCUUCUGUUGGCUUUGAAGAAAGAGUCAAGCAUUCAGAAACAUUGACAAUAUUGAAAGACUCAUUCCUAAAGGCUUUUAGAAUAGUGGAUAAAGAACUGAGACUGCAUCCAGAUAUCGAUUGCUUUUACAGUGGGACAACAGCAGUUACUUUGGUCAAGCAGGGUCAAGAUCUUGUCAUUGGAAAUGUUGGAGACUCAAGAGCAGUAUUAGGCACAAGAGAUCAACAUAACACCUUGGUUGCAGUCCAGUUGACUGUGGAUCUUAAACCAAAUCUUCCCAGGGAAGCAGAAAGAAUUAGGCGUUGUAGGGGCCGUGUCUUUGCUCUUCGGGGUGAGCCAGAGGUGGCUCGUGUAUGGCUGCCUAAUAUUGACUCCCCUGGAUUGGCAAUGGCACGAGCCUUGGGGGAUUUUUGUUUGAAGAAUUUUGGUUUGAUUUCUGUGCCAGAGAUUUCAUAUAGACGCAUCACAGAAAAAGAUGAGUUCAUCGUCUUGGCUACUGAUGGGGUCUGGGAUGUAUUGUCCAACAGAGAGGUGGUAAAGAUUGUCAGUACUGUUUCUGCAAGGUCCUCCGCGGCUCGUAUUCUUGUUGAAUCAGCAGUUAGGGCAUGGAAGCUCAAGUAUCCAACCUCGAAGAUUGAUGACUGCGCUGUGGUCUGCCUCUUCCUUGGUAUAGAUUCAUCCAAUGAUGCCUCCAUUGCCAAGGCCAGUGAAGUUGGUUUACCACUGGAUGCCAUCGAGAUUGGCCACGACAAACAAGAACCUGCAGGGCCAACUUGUCUGAACCAAUCUGGCACGAUCAGAGCUCGCACUGCGAACUAUCAGGAUAAGGAAGCUACAAAAGACCAUGUCUAGAUCUCAGUCACGUCAAGAACCUCCUGCUGCAGUGACAUCUGAGUGCAGGGUGAUGACGGGGGUGCUCUGCUCUAGAGAGUUUGUGCCAAGUGAAUACCUUAAUGAUGCUGCCAAAGUUCAUUACAGGGAGGAAGCUGCCAGCAACCGGCUAGGCCGCAGCUUAAUUAGUCUCCGUGGGCUUAUUAAAGAUGUCAGCAGUUGGAACUCUUUGUUUUCGAUGAGAAGAGCAGCCCGACUAUAUUAGAAUGUCCAGGUGUUCUCUCUCGUGUGAUCUCCUAUAUGUCAGUGUGUAGGAUUGCAUUUUUUUGUUUGUACAACUUCCAACUUGUUUACUAUAAUUUGUUAUAUUUGUCAUUUGAGAUUUGAGAAAUCUACCAUCUUAACCAUGUCAAACAAUACUAUGCUUAUUUAUUUAUUUGUUUCGGUA